AUGUCUUAUAGUACCGAAAUUGAAGCUAUAGAUAAUUCAAAUGAGAGGAUUAAUUGGAUUGAGGAAGCUAUUUCAAAAAAACAUAUUAAAUUUUAUGAAUAUAAACAUUUUAAGAACAUUAAAGAAAUUGGUUCCGACGGAAUUGGAAAAUUCUAUCGUGCAAAUUGGAAAAAUUUUCGUGAACACUUAGUAUUGAGAUCAUUUUAUAAUUUUAAUAAUAAAAUUAUUAAAGAGAUUGUUUGUGAGUUUAAACUUCAUCGUGAAGUUGAUUUUUAUGAUAAUAUUAUUCGUCUUUAUGGUGUUACAACUAUCACUCAAGAAAAUCAGAAUGAUCAGUUAAAACCAUAUUUAUUAGUAAUGGAAUAUGCUAAUGGUGGUACUCUACAAAACUAUUUAAAGAGAAAUUCGAUUAAACUCACUUGGAAUGAUAAAUUUAACCUGGCACUUCAAUUGGCUUAUGCCGUAUCAUGUUUACAUGAUAAGGGAAUUAUACACCAUGAUUUGCACCCCAAUAGUAUUUUGGUUCGUCGAAAUGUUAUCAAAUUUGCUGAUUUUGGAUUAUCGAAAAGAAUUGAAGAAAUAUCCAAACUUCAAUCAAUAGGGAUAAUUCCUUAUAUUGAUCCAAAAAGAUUUGAUAGACGAAAAAGUAUUGAUAAUAAAGUAAAUCCGUCGUUAGAUAAGAAGAGCAAUGUUUAUAGUGUAGGAAUGAUUUUAUGGGAGAUCUCUAGUGGUAAACCUCCUUUUUAUUCCGAAGACAAUCCAUAUGAUAUCAAUUUAGCUGUAGAAAUUUCACAAGGUCUAAGGGAAAAGAUUGUUCCGGAAACACCUUCCGAUUACGUUAAUCUAUAUACUGAGUGUUGGAAUAGUGAACCAGAUAAUCGUCCAACUAUGAAUCAAGUGGUUGAAAGAUUAAAAUUAAUGAUAUUUGUUUCAAAUCAACCAUCUCAAAUCAUUCAAAAAUUUGAUAAAAUAAAUGUAAAAGAAACAACUAAAUCAUUAAUUUUAUUAGAAGAAAAAUUCAACAAAAUAAUCGAUGAAAUGGUUGAUCUUAUUCUUAAAAACCUAAAUGAAGGAAAAAAUACAGAUAUAGUAAAAAAACUUAUUAUUGAUUAUCUUAAUUAUUAUAAUAUAAAUUUACAAAUAAUUUAUGAUUUACUUAAGGAUAUUCAAAAUAAUUCAAAUUCUAUUUUCUUAUUUGGAUAUUUUAAUUAUUAUGGAAUUACUAUAGAAAAUGAAAAUUAUGAAGAAGCAUUUAAAUCAUUUAUUAUUGCAUCAAAAGAUAAUCAUACAUUAGCACAAUACUAUGUUGGAAGAUGUUAUGAAUUUGGUAUUGGAACUUUAAAAAAUGAAACUUUGGCUUUUGAAUAUUAUAAAAAAACAGUUGAUCAAGAUUUUACAUUAGGAGAAUUUAAGAUUGGUUGUUUUUAUGGUAAAGGAAUAGGUAUUGAAAAAGAUGAAAAACAAUCUGUUUAUUGGUAUAAAAAGGCUGAAAGUAAUGGUCACUUAAUGUCUAUGUAUAAUCUUGGUCUUUAUUAUCUGGAUGAAAAGAGUGCUAAAAGAAACUAUUAUGAAGCCUUCAAAUUAUUUAAAAAAUCUGCUGAAAAAGAGUAUUCAGAUGGAAUAACAAUGUUAGGAUAUUGUUAUGAUAAUGGAUUUGGGACAAAAAUUAAUAAACAAAAAGCAUUUGAAUUAUAUUUAAAAGCUGCAAAUUUAGGAAAUAAUAUAGCACAACAUAAUCUUGCUCGCAUGUAUAUAAAUGGGGAUGGUGUUGAAAAAGAUGAUGAUAAAGCAUUUGAAUUAUUUAAAAAAUCGGCUGAAAGAGAAAAUACGGAUGGAAUAGUAAUGUUGGGAUACUGUUAUAAUGAUGGAAUUGGAACAGAAAUUGAUAAACAAAAAGCGGUUGAUUUGUAUCAAAAAGCAGCAUAUUUAGGGAAUGAUGUGGCUCAAUAUAAUGUUGCACUUUGGUACGAAGAUAUGCAAGAUAUAAAUCAAGCCAUCCAUUGGUAUAAAUUAUCUGCUGAACAAGGAAAUCAAAAAGCACAAAGUAAAUUAGAAGAUUUAGAAUGA